CAGUCUAUGAGAACUCUUCAACAAACCAUAGGAAAUACCAGGGCAAGUUAUGCAUGCAGAUUAUAAUAAUUCCGGGGUGCAUAAUCACAAUCUUCAAGGAGGCACAAUUGAUCCAAACUUCUUUCCGCCAAUAGGUGGGCAUUCUUCAAAUGCCAUGGACGACAGUACUCCAUAUUCGUUCUUCAACCAGAGUGGAUUUCCUGGCAGUAAUGAUAUAAUGCAAAAUGCUUUGCAAAGGAUUGGUUUUCAAAGAACAGAUGGUAGCAGGAAUAUCAUCAGCAGCCAUAUGGAUAGUGCAAACCAGUUUGAAGUCCAGGGUGAAAGAUCUUCCUAUCCUCAAUUCGGAACUAUUGGUAUUGGACAGCAAGUGCCUGUAGAAUCAGAAUCAAGGAAUCUAUGGAGACUUCAACAAACUGCAGAAAACGCAAAUCAAUUUGGAGUUUACAAUGAAAGAUCUUUUGAUCCUCAAGUGGGAACUGUUAAUAUUGCACCGAGAGUUCCCUUUGGACUUAGAAUCAAGGAAUAUGAGAAUUCUUCAACAGACAGUGGAAAACACUUGGCAAGCAAGGCAUAAUAGUCAGAAUGAUACCACUGCAUCAAACUUAUUUAACUUCAACCAAGGUGGAUUUAAUAGCAACAAUGGUAUAAUGCUUGCUUCACAGGGACACCGUGAUAGCAGGAAUACUGUGACCAGUCAUAUAGGAGAUGCACAACAAUUUGAUUUGCCAGGUGAAAGAUAUGGCAUUCCCCCAUUUGUUGCUAAUACAACCUCAGGAUUUAGGCAGAAUAUCCUGACAAGGCCCAAUAAUAAUGAUGGAAGUCUGCUGAACCUUGGACCUGUGACCAAUGCUGCAGCUGGACACCAAUCUUAUGAGAAUAAUCAAGCUGGUAGAACAUAUGCUGAUUGGAAUCAGCUGAGGUCUGGGAUUGGCAGUAGUGGAAGUAUUCUGCCCUAUUAUUCUGGGGAAGGUCUUCAUCAUGUCAACAUCAGAAUGAAUUCCACCCAGCCUGGUGGUUGGCAAAGACCAUUUCUUCCCUACCAGGAGCCUGCACCUCAGGGCAUCAAUUCUGCCGACUUUAAUUCUUUCGGUCAGUGGCAAGUGCCACCUAUACAAGGAAUUCCUCCCCCGCAACCUUUCUUAUUAGGUCCAAAUGGUAGCAACCAUGUUCUCCAGACAUCCUCCAUUGGUAGUAGUGUCCCAUGGGUCCAAUCAAGUCUAACUAAUCUUGCAUCUCUAGUUCAUAGCAGCAAUGCAAUUCCACCCACUCCAUUUGCUAGUGGGCAGGAUGCCCAAGCAGCAAUUCCAUUUGGUUCCAAGUUCGAUGCUCAACGAGGUCCAGGAGCCAGAAAUAUUGGUGGUGUUCCAAUUGCACAAGCACCUCCAGCUCAAGCAAACAAGAGAAAAAGUCCUUCUGGUCCACAGGAAGGCUUGGCUGCUGCCAGAGUAACUCGCAGUCGAGCUCAGAAGGACAAAGGUGGUGGUCCAAGUGUUGAACCUGGUUCUAGUAAACCUGUGGGUCUAGUUAUCCUUGAUAAAGGUAAAGAAAUUGCACCCAGCAUAAAUCGGAAUACUGGACUGGUUACUGAUUCAAAUAAGUUGCCAAAAAAGCCAAUCUUUAGUGCUCAUGCAACUGACACCUUAAACAUGUCAGAACUGCAGAAUGCCUUAAUUGCUUUCCAGGACCAAAGGAAGCUAACCCAGCAGCAGACAGAUCUGAUCCGGCAGUUCCAGAACCUGCUGCAGAUGCGUCAGACACAACCGCAGCUGAAACCAGUUGACCACAUCAAAGCUGAAGAUUUCUUUGCUGAAUCUCCUGAAUUAUUCAGAGAGAGAUGCCAACUAUGCAAACUCGAUCUUAAAUUCAACCCAGACGGGUCAAGAAACUCCGACUCCGGUCCAUCCGUUCAUGCAGUCUUGCCCUGCGGCCAUUGUUACCAUUACAGCUGUUUGCUAGAUAUUUUUGGUCCUCUUCAACCAGGCGAGGAUCCUACCUGCAUCCAAUGCCUUGAAGGUGGAGCAAAUUCUGCCAACUGAAUUAGUAACAUUGACCAAAGGUUUUGAUUGACAUUUAUCUAAUGUUUUGUAUUUUUUCUUAUAACUCCAUAACAAAAAAAAGGCUGUGCAAACUAUUAGUGAUAGGAUCAGGGAUCUAUACUCAGCCAUUAUAAUGUCAAUGUUGCUCAAUGUCUUUGUUCUUAGUAAAUUAUACCAUGAUAUAUAGUCUUAUUCUUC